UUAAAUGCGGCCAUUCAAGUAGAAGUGCACCGUUUUCACCGCGUCAGAUGUUUGAAAAAAACAGAAAAUUCUUAAAAAAGAGAGAUACAAUCAAUGAAUCCGUGUUUAUCAAUCACAGCGACAAAUCCAAUUCAACUGGUGGUGCCAUCGACCCUCUCAUUCUCUUUCGCGCGUAAUCUCCUUCUUCAGCUGCUCUCAGCCGAUUUCUCUUUCUUUUCACUGAAUUCUGGCGUAAUUGAUGAAUAAAUAGAGGCAUUGUUUUUGGAGGAGUCGAUUUAGCAACUUGUUUGGUGUUUGGAUUUGUAACAAUGUCCUCGAGAGGCCAAUAUCAACCAGUGCCACUGUCGGUUCUACUGAAACGAGAAUCAUCAAAUGAAAAGAUAGAGAAACCGGAGAUUGUACACGGACUAGCGAGCCAGAGCAAGAAAGGUGAGGACUUUACGUUGCUUAAGACGGAAUGCCAAAGAACAAUGGGAAAUGGUGUCACCACAUUCUCAGUUUUCGGGCUCUUUGAUGGGCACAAUGGAUCUGCAGCUGCUAUUUACACUAAAGAGAAUCUCCUUAAUAAUGUCCUAAAUGCUAUUCCAACGGAUCUUAAUACAGAUGAAUGGGUUGCGGCACUGCCUAGGGCUUUGGUUUCUGGCUUUGUUAAAACAGAUAAACACUUCCACAAGAUAGGAAAAAAGUCAGGGACAACUGUAACCUUUGUGAUAAUAGAAGGAUGGGUUAUAACAGUUGCAUCUGUUGGUGAUUCCCAGUGUAUAUUUGACUCAGCUAAUGGUGGAAUAUAUUACUUGUCAGCUGAUCAUAGGCUUGACUGCAAUGAAGAGGAAAGGGAACGAAUCACUGCUAGUGGGGGUGAUAUUGGUCGAUUAAAUGCUGGUUGUGGUACAGAGAUUGGUCCUUUGAGAUGUUGGCCUGGAGGCUUGUGUCUUUCACGAUCCAUUGGCGAUAGGGAUGUUGGGGAGUUCAUUGUUCCUGUUCCAUACAUAAAGCAAAUAAAGAUGUCUAAAGCUGGUGGUAGGAUGAUUAUCUCUAGUGAUGGUGUUUGGGAUGCCUUAUCAGCUGAAGCAGCUCUUGAUUGUUGUCGUGGAAUGCCACCAGAAGCAGCAGCUGCACAGAUUGUGAAAGAAGCUUUGCAGGCAAAUGGUCUUCGAGAUGAUACAACCUGCAUCGUUAUUGAUAUCUUACCACAAGAGAAGCCAGCUGCUCCAUCGCCACCACCAAAGAAGCCAGUAAAACACCUUUUGAUGUCAUUAUUUCGCAAGAAGCCUUCUGAAUCAUUCUCUUAUAAAGAUAAAGAAUACAUGGAGCCAGAUGUGGUGGAGGAAUUAUUUGAGGAGGGAUCUGCUUUGCUUUCAGAAAGGUUGAAUACAAAAUACCCAGUGUGCAACAUGUUUAAGCUGUUCAUGUGUGCAGUCUGUCAAAUAGAAAUGAAACCUGGAGAGGGUAUUUCCGUUCAUGCUGGUACUUCUAGUUUGGUAAAGGUAUGUCCGUGGGAUGGUCCCUUUCUUUGCUCUAGUUGCCAGGAGAAGAAAGAAGCUAUGGAAGGGAAAAGACCAUCAGACAGACAUUGCAUUGACAGUGACUAGCUAGACCUCUCAAAUUACUGUUGCAUUUUAUGGGCACAAAAAUUGUUCUGGAGGUGGUUAUAAAUGGUGAAGAUGGUGCAUCUCACUACAAUGACUACCUUCAAAUUUCUUAUCGGGGAUUCAGGUUCAUUUGCAUCUAAGGAUCCAGUUAGAUCUAUCCAACUCAGAACAUCAGAGUUGAAAUAUGUGUUUAUUUUUCUCAACAGUACCUCAAGCGGGAAAAGAAAAGAAAAGAAAAGAAAAUAUGAAAAACAAUUGAGAAAAUAUUGGCCAAAGGGUUUCAUACUCUUGGCAGUGCAGACUGGCAUGCCUCAGAGGUAAUUCUUUCUUUUUAACAUUUGUGUUCCCAUCUUAUACCGAGCACUUCAAUUCUUAGUAAUAAUGUAUAGGGAGUUUGAUGAGUACAUAAUACACAUUUGUCAGAAGUUAGGAAAAACUUUUUUUAUUAGCUUGUUGAAAGAAAUUUGUUAAUGUAUCGUGUGGUUUAUUGCUAGAGUGCUAUAUUUAUAGCUUUUUAGUGAUCAAGGAUCAAA